AUGCUGUUAGUCGACUCAUCCUCUGGUGGCCAGGCCGUGGCCCAUGAGCAGACAGCACAGACUGGCUCUGAUAGCCUUCCGUUUAGGAAGCAAAUUUCAUUGUCCAGUAUCGGAGGACCAACCUACGUGACCGCGCAGACUCUGGUGCAACAAGUCGCCUAUGUACUGUCCGACAAGCUGUUCACGUACUCGCCAGACACCUUCGAACUUGAUGUGGCCGCGAAAGCAUGGAGCUCCGCAGAAGAAAAGAAUGCCAACGGGUACACAACAGCGACGCAGGCUAUGCAGAUCCGAAACGGCGCUGGCAGUAUUGCGCUCGGCUACAUGUUCUCCAAGGACUUUGACCUGAAGAAGCGUCACAUACCGCAGGGUAUCCUGGCAUCUUCGUCGGCGUUGCGGUUCCUUCGUCCGGUCCUCGACCAGCUGUCGCUGCUGUAUGGUGUCAGUAAUCCGUUCGUUGCGCACGUCGCAGCCGCCGACUAUGACGGAAGCAGAGACGGCACGCUAGUAUCGGACUAUGUCUCUGCCCUCACAAUAUCCGAGGACCUUGGUCUUGCUCUUGUGGCAAGCCAUUCGGCAUACGAGGCGCAGCACAUGGCUCUGUUAGCGACGCUGCUAGCUCAGGACCAGCCAGCUCUCCACGUCUAUGAUGGAAUCAGACUCAGCCGUGAGACGACUAGAGUUGUCGAUGUCUUUGACAAGACUGGCCUCGCUACUGCUUACCAUGCCAUCCUGGACAGCACCAAGGGUGAGGAGCGCACCCAUCUUAGCACUGAGGGAAAGGCUCUACGCACCCUUCGUGCACUGAACGAGGAGCUGGGCACAGACUACAAGCCUUUCGAGUACCAUGGCGAUGAUAGUCCCGAGGCUGUGCUCGUCACUUUCGGCUCCAUUGAGUCUUCUCUUGCCGCUCAAGCUGCCGUGGACCUUGCUCGAUCCGGUCGCAGGGUUGGAGUCAUCUCUGUCCGCCUGUACCGGCCGUUUGCCGAGGAGCAGUUCAUCAAGCUCGUUCCCCAAAGCACCCGCACGAUAGCCGUUCUAGGUCAGGUCCCUGAUUCCCAGGCGCUGCAAGAGGUCGGCGUGCAUUCCCGGCUCUAUGACGAUGUCCUCGCAGCGCUUGUGUACACCAGCUUGUCGAGCAUCCCGGAAAUUCGAGACAUCAAGUAUGCGCCUUCGGAGGUUUGGACGCCAUCCAGAAUGAUCACUACUCUGCGCGGUCUGCUAGGCGAGAGAUCGACCACCAGCCACGCCUCGUUUGUCGACCACAAAGUCCAGCAGUAUAGCUUCUGGAAUGUUGAUGACAGCCCUGCCUCCGAUGCGGCGCAUACCCUGGCUCAAGCGUUGGCAAAGGAUUCCUCUCAGAAUGUCACGGUCAGCACAACGCAUGACAACCUCAUUCAGGGCGGAGUACACCGUGUGGAUGUUCGGAAGUCGCCCCGGAGCCUCGAGGCGCCAUAUUCGAUCGUUGCCGCGGAUACUGCUGUUGUGACUGACGCAAAGUUGCUGGAAAAGGUUGCGAUCCUUGAUUCUGUGAAGAAUGAAGGCAAGCUGAUCGUUUCGAUGCCCGGCGUCAAGGACGAAGACGUGGAGAAGAAACUUGCACCAUGGAUUCGCAGAGGCAUUGCAAAGCAAGGUCUUGAAUUGUACUUGGUCGAUCCAACCAGAACAGGACUCACAAUUGACGCUGAUGAGUUGGAGUCGUUGAUCUUCCAAGCCGCCUUCCUACGUAUCGCGCUUGGUGAAUCCGAAGAAGUCGCUCGCCAGAAGCUUGCUGCCAUCAGUGCUAACGCGAAAACUCUCGAAGAAGUCGCAGCCGAUCUGGAGUUGACCCUGCGAGAGAUUGAAGUGCCAAAGGAAUGGCUUGAGACGGAGAUCGAUUGCGAGCCGCCCGCUCUUCCUCUGGAUGUCACGAGCAACAGCUUCGCCACUUUCGACAAGACCGAAGAAGAGCCUCCCACCCAACUUCGCAGCUGGCAGAAGGCCGCCAAGGGCUUGCUCUUCAAAGAGGCUUAUGGGACUCAAGAUGAUCUUCGACCUGACCUGCCAACCAAGACUUACACGGUCCAUGUCAAGGAGAAUCGCAGACUGACGCCUAUUACGUACGACCGGAACAUCUUCCACAUCGAAUUCGAUCUUGGCACAUCUGGCUUGAAGUACGACAUUGGCGAAGCUCUUGGCAUACACGCUGAGAAUGAUCAUGGUCAGGUCAUGGAGUUCAUCAAAUGGUAUGGUCUUGAUGCCGAUGAUGUUGUUGAAGUCCAGGCUCGCGACUCCGCCACACGAUUCGAGAAUCGCACCAUCUACCAGUCGCUCAUGCAAAACGUUGAUAUCUUCGGCCGUCCACCAAAGAAGUUCUAUGAGGCUCUGGCUGACUUCGCCGAUGACGAGAAUGAGAAGAAGACGCUUCUGACCCUUGCUGGACCUGAGGGAUUCAAGGAGUUCCAAAGGCGUGCUGAGGUUGAUACUGUUACGUACGCCGAUAUUCUGCUCGAGUUUCCAUCAGCCCACCCAUCCUUCCACGACAUUGUGCGCAUUGUCGCACCGAUGAAGCGCCGAGAGUACUCUAUCGCAUCGUGUCAAGCUGUCACCCCUACUUCCGUGGCAUUGAUGGUGGUCGUUGUGAACUGGGUCGAUCCUCGCGAGCGCGAUCGCUUUGGACAGGCUACGAAGUACCUUGUCGAUCUGAAGGUUGGCGCACCUGUCACUGUCAGUGUAAAGCCUUCUGUGAUGAAGCUGCCGCCGAAUUCCACGCAGCCUCUGAUCAUGGCUGGCCUUGGUACUGGUCUUGCUCCAUUCCGAGCCUUUGUUCAACACCGCGCCAUGGAGAAGGCGCAGGGCAAGGAGAUUGGGUCAGUACUGCUCUACAUGGGCUCGCGCCACCAGCGCGAGGAGUACUGCUAUGGUGAAGAGUGGGAGGCCUACCAGGCUGCAGGAGUCAUAACCUUGCUUGGGCGAGCCUUCUCUCGCGACCAGCCCCAGAAGAUCUACAUCCAGGAUCGUAUGCGCCAGACUAUCGACCAGAUCACGGAGGCGUACAUCAAGCAAGACGGCGCUUUCUAUCUCUGUGGUCCUACCUGGCCCGUACCUGAUGUGACUAAUGUUCUGGAGGAAGCGAUCGCGAAAGAGAAGCAAAAGCGAGGCGAGAAGGUCAAGCGCGGAGACGCGAGCAGGAGGAUUAUGGAGCUCAAGGACGAGGGACGUUAUGUGCUCGAGGUGUACUAA